ACGAAGCUGCGGUGGCCAAGGAGAAGAGGAAGAGGGCCAAGAGGCAGGCUGCCUGAAGGCCAUUUCGCACAAGAAGACCUCUUCCAUGGCUCUUGGACCCUUCUUGAAGAUGUCUCUUUGGCUAACAGAAGUGAUGAACACCUCUCUCCUGCCACCCAUUCCUUGUUUUGACCAACCAGUGGUUGAUACUGUAUUUCGUAAGGGCUCUGGCUUGACGUCCAACCAUGCAUUCCCUUUCUCUUUGCAGGGCUUGGCUGUCUUUUCCUUGCUCCUCAACAUCGGUCUCGUCAUCCUGGCCAAUGUAGACACCACCAGCUAUUUUGCCAUCGUUAAUGAAACCUCCCCUGUCCCCCAUCUGCACCACUGGACCUUUUUGCACAAGGCGGACACUCCCCUCCUCUACCUGGAGCUUUUCUUCAUCCUCUUAUUUUCCUUCAAAUUCUUCCUAUGGCUGACCAUCUGCCCCAGCAAGAAGAAGUUCCUCCUGAGUCCUCUGAACAUGGUGGACUUCCUCUGCCUCCUCCCGGUCUUCAUCGAACUCCUCUCAUCCAAAGUUGAAUACCUUAUUGGCUGGCUUGGCCUCUUCCGAGUCGUCUACGUCCUCAAGCUCCUGAAGGUCUUCCGCCUGGUGGAGACUCCUCUGAUGCUGAGGAUCCUGCCCAGCCUGGCCAAGGCGAUCCUGAAGGAGGUCUUCCUCUUCGUGGUGGUUUUUGUCUUCCAGGUCUUCUUCUUUGGCUCCCUCUGCUACUACGCAGAGAUGAGGGGGCCCGAUAGCCACAUGGACAAAAUCACCUCUGGCCUUUGGUGGGCCUUGAUCACCUUGACCACCAUCGGGUACGGAGACAUGUACCCAGUGACCAAAUUUGGGCAAGUGGUGGGGGCCCUCACAGCCAUCACAGGGGUCCUCUCCCUCAUCGUCCUGAUGGUCAUCUUGAUCGUCAAGCUCAAGGGCUUUUACGAAGCUGCGGUGGCCAAGGAGAAGAGGAAGAGAGCCAAGAGGCAGGCUGCCUGAAGGCCAUUUCGCACAAGAAGACCUCUUCCAUGGCUCUUGGACCCUUCUUGAAGAUGUCUCUUUGGCUAACAGAAGUGAUGAACACCUCUCUCCUGCCACCCAUUCCUUGUUUUGACCACCCAGUGGUUGAUACCCUAUUUACUUGUAUCUAACGCUCAACUUUUUUGACUAAAUCCAGAUGGACGGGGUGAUCUCCCAAAAGCCAACACCUUCAAGUAUCUUGGCUUGACAAUAACUUCAGAUGGCAACCUUUUUGACUAAGUCACUACACAGGCUUGGAUGAAAUGGCAUUGGGUUUCAGGUGAUCGGUAGAACCUGAAAUCAAAAAUCUAUCAAACUGUCAUAAGGCCUGCCGCAAUAUAUGAAUGCUGGCCGGACGCAAAGGAAGUAUGUUAUGCAGAUGAGAAUGCUACGACUUACAGCUGGCAUCACAAGUCUUCACCACAUCCACAACAAUGACAUCCAAAAAAAUAUUUUAAAAAAGCAAUGACGUCCCGCAAUGCUUUGGCAUUGCUCAAUUGUGGACAAACUACGAGAGCCACACCUCAAAUGGUAUGCUCAUACUCCCCGAGAUGAAGAUCAGCCCAUUUGCAAGAGUGAAGCCAACAACAUAUAAUGGCAGUAUUCGAUACCAUGUAACCUACUCUAAUAAUAAUAAUAAUAAUAAUAAUAAUAAUUGCAUUAUUUAUACCCUUGCCAUCAUAUAGAAUCAUAGAAUCAUAGAGU